CUAUCUUUUGUAGAAAGAUUCUUAAAUAUCCCCUUGUCCCGGGACUCCAGAGAGAGCGUUGUUUAAUUAAUAGCUACACCUGCUGGCAAAUCGAUGUUACUGGACUGCUGCCAUCCGUGGCCUGCAUUGUUCUGUUCUGAAAAAGGUUGUCUCUGCCGCAGAUACAGAUAUUAAGUAUAGCAAGUAUAUUAAUUUGCAUUUACCAAAUUGUUGUUUUCAAAGCUUUUUGGGGUGGAGGGAUUAGGAAUUGGUUUUAGAAUCACCAACUUAAAACCUUCAUUUUUUUUUUUGUAAUUGAAUUUACACAGCAAAUCGAAAACAAACAAACACACAAAAGGAACUAAGAAAAUGGUUCUCUUGUUGCUAGGGGCAGUGUAAACAAUGCGAACCAUGUGCAUGAGCGUGAUGGGAUUGUAGUUUUUAGGAUGUUUUCUGUCCUGCAAUUUAAUACUAUUUGUACUACAACUCCUAGAAUUCAACGCGUAUCACUGAUAAUACCUGAUGUUCUGAUGAGAAGGGUUUACUGAGUUUAGGAAAUUUAACGAUGUAAUUGCCCACUUCGUAGAAAUUUUGUUUUGUUUUACAUAAUGAGUAGAUUUUGUUUUUCUAUUUGGGACUUCUGGAAACAUAUAAAGGACGUUCAGAGUCAGUAAGAAUUAGAGCAUAGAGCGAUACAGUAAGGAGGUCGAAGUGCAAUUCUGUGUCUAGCUACGUUUACAUCUACAGUACUCUGGUUUUUAAUUCUUAUUUUACGACAGGAAUUAAAAUUUAGGUAAAAUAAUUUAGCCAGGAGAAUAAUCACAGAGUCACGCCAGUCGACAGGGUGGCAGAGGGUGAUGUAGUAAUGCCAGCAUGCUCAGAAACUUGGGCUGAGGAUGUUGCGGCUGUGCAUCAGGAGAGCCAAUCUAUCAGUCUGCAAGAGACACUGGCAGCAGGCCUGGAGCCCACAGCACAUACAACUUUUUCAGGAAGUGUUACUGAAGCCACAGUAAUCCAGGAAGAACACGAGCAGCCUGCCAGCUGUACAGAGACUAAAUCUGGGAAGUUUCCUGUGAUUGAGAAAAUAAAUCAAACUGCUUGCAUUGACAAUUUGCAGCAUGGAAAUGGACCUGCAGGGCUAGUCAAUGAUGCAGUGCAGGAAGACGUUCGCUGCUUCAUAACAGAGGCCGCAGGUGAAGGUUACCAGAGUCUUGCCAGCAGUUGUAACAGUGAAGUUGAUCUGUAUCGAGGUGCUGAGGAGAUAGAAGAGGAUCUGCUGGAGAAAAAUGGAGCUAAAUGUGUAGAUGAUUUUAUGGAUAAGUGCAGCAUCUCUCCAGAAGUGGACAUUUUGAUAUACAGUGAAAGUGAGUGGAGAGGGAACACUGCCAAAAGCGCACAGAUUAAAAAGGCAUAUGAAGAAGUUCAUAAAAGUUUCAGUGGGCUUCGGAGAGUGCGAGGAGAUAAUUACUGUGCACUGCGGGCAACACUUUUCCAGGCAUUGAUCCAGAGUAAGGAAGUGCCAGCCUGGCUUCAGAGAGAAGACUUUAUCCAGCUGCCUGAAAAGUUAGCCUCCUGUUAUGACUGGCUCAAGCAGUGGAGGGUUACACAAGAGUAUACAAAUGGAAAUUUGAUGGAAUUGCUAAAAGGACACGUGCAACUUCUAAAGAAAAAGUGGUUGGCUGUUGUGGAAUCCUCCAGUGCAGAAGAGAGACAAGCCGUGUGUGAUGAGAUCUUCAGGAAUGAAGAGGAGGAGUACAGUUUGCUGGAGGCUGUGAAAUUGCUGAUGUUGAAUAGUGCUAUUGAACUAUACAAAGACAUGCAGCAGGAGAAGGAUGUGCCCAUUUUCUGCUGGCUCUUGUUUGCUCGGGACAGUUCUGAUACACCCUGCUCAUUCCUCGGCAACCACCUCAAUCAGGUGGGCUUCAGCGGUGGACUCGAGCAGGUGGAGAUGUUCCUCCUGGGUUACGCUCUGGAACUGACAAUUCAUGUUUACAGGCUUUACAAAUUUGAAACUGAUGAGUUUAUCACAUUUUACCCUGAUGAUCACAAGGAACAUUGGCCAGCUGUGUGUCUCAUCACAGAGGAUGACAGACACUACAAUGUCCCGGUCCAAAAGCAAGACACAACAAGGUUAUAGCUCUCGGCCUUCACUAAUUUCAUUGCACUUUCACAUAUAGUGAAGGAGUCAAUCUAGCAUGGCUUUAGCUGCAUUGCAGUUAAUAAUAAAAAGGAGACAAGGUGCGUGUGUUGAAACAGGAAAAGAUUUGGAGCUUGGAGAUUUGGCCCGCGUUUUCGCUAUAUAGUUGCCUGCUAACUGUUUUUUUUAGUCAUUUUCAUCAUCAGAUUUCUUGACUGGGUGCUUUUAACAUCCCCUGCAGGAAUAUAAUGGAGGCCCCUGUAUGUGACAUUUACAUUUCAGAGAACCUCUUAUACACUUGUAAUUAGACUUUAUAAAGAUGUUCUUGAGCACCAGUAUCAGAAGAUGGGGAUAUAAAGAUGUACAGACAGACAGGAUCAGUGUACAAAUGGUACAUGCGUUUUACUUGUUACAGCCAGUUGUAGUUAAACUUCGAUUACAAAGGUUAUAUCUUCAGAACCGCUCUGACACUUUUUUUUUUUUUUUUUAAACUUGUCUGCUUGUUACAAGAAGAUACUUUGCAUACUAUAAAUAUAUAUUUUUCAUGGUAGUGGUUACUCAUUUGUUAAUGUAAUGAUACCUUUAAACUCUGUGUCCCUUUCCAUUUUUUUUGUAUGCAUAGCCCUUUUAAGAAAUUCUCUUCUAUGUCUAGUGCAUGUAGGUCAUGAUGAUCUGCUUUUUCGUGAUGUUGAUAACUCUAAUUUUGUAUUUACAAUCAUAGCAGGGAUGGUGUAUGUUGCUGAUAUUUUUUUGUUUUUAGUGAUGCUUAGAAAUGUGUAUUUCACUAUAGUGGAGCCCCCAUGUUCUGUAGCUGUUUGGACUUCUAGUUAUAGCAAAGCAUGUUAAGACCUGCACACUAUCUGUAAUUAUAUA